GCAGUGUGUGUCAGUGACACAAACGAGGAGUAUUUGGAACUCGUAGCACGCGAAUGUCUCGUUGUUGUCACUCGGCAAGUUUAAGUGUCUUUAAGGUUGAGAUACGUCGUCGUUACGUUAGUGAAAUUGCUUAAAUUGAUGAAAUCAACGCAGACCAAUUGAUGUGCACAAUAAUUUAAUUGUGUUUUCAGUGCAAUCUAUGAGAAAAAUGUCGUGCGCGUUGCGUUAACAAUAUGAAAAUAAAUCGGAAAGUGUGAGAGAGAGAUAAAGAUAACUAAGUGCAAAUGUUUGUGUGGCGAGCUAAACUGAAUUAUGCUUAAAAUACAAUUUAUAUAAAUUGCCAACAAGCCAAAAAUUAAUAAGUGCAACAAUCACAAUACAGAAAAAUAGCAAGAGCAGCGUUUAAACAGUUGCAUGUAGCAGGACCUGUAAAGGAAACAAAGAUAGACAGCUUCUCCAAUGGGUCAUCAAUUGAGCAAACGAACAGACCUCAUCGUUGCCAGCCAAAGCCAAAGCCAAAGCAGAACCGAGAGAAAUUCCAGAAGCAGCAGGCAAACGGAUUUGGAGCAGGAGACGCAGCAGCCAGAUAUUGCUGAAGCUGGCGAAAAGGCAACGCCAAUUGCCGAGGAGGCGUUAGCAGAGGUGCGACAAAUUAUAAUUAAAAUACAAUUGGCCAAAAUGGAGGGCGGCAACGACAGUGCGGAGCAGCAGCAGCAGGAGCAGCAACAAUUUCCACUGUCCGAGGGCGUCGCGAUGUCUGCGGACGCGCUCAAUGCAAAUGAGCAAAUUUUAAGUGUGGCAGUGGGUGCGGCAGCGGGCACAGGUGCGAGUCGAACUGCGGGCAGUUCAACGGAAGCGCCAAAAACAAACGAAAGACAACUCGUGAAUAACAACAAUUUAGCGGGAAGCGUUGCGUCGGCGUCGGCUGCGGUCAGAAUGCUACAAUUGCACGACCACGACCAUGAUGAUAAUGAUGACGACGUCGUCGUCGUUGACGACGCCGAAGAUGCCGAAUUGGAAAUGGCAAUAUCGUCGUUGCUGCGUCGGCGGCGUCGCAGCAGCAGCGGCGGCGGCGUCGGCGGCGUCGGCGCCGAAGGCGUCGAGUACUGCGAGGUGCUCGAGCCGCAGCCAGUCAGCGAUAUGUUGUCGAGCGGAGCACAACGCGCGCAAGCACCCAGCGGCAGCAAUAGCAACAGCGGCAACAGCUGCUGCCGCAGUCGCAGCAGCAAGGCUUUGGCAACUGGCGCCGCAGGAACAGUCACAUCCAAGCGUCGUUGCUGCAAAUGCAAAUGUCGCGAUGCAUUGCGCGGUCUGCGCGGCAUGCUGGAGUCGAGCACGGGCAGUGCCAGUGCCGCCGCCGCCGCCGCCAAGGACAAAAAGGAGCCGGCAGCAGCUGCUGUAGCUGCGCCUCGCAGCAAAACGCGCAGCAGCGCCGACAGACGCUCCACACCGCCUACGCUUAGUGCCAGCAGCGGCGGAGCAGCUGCAGUGAAUCGCCUGCAAACGCAUCGUCAACGCAAUUCUGUGGCCGUCGCUGAGCCCAGCCAGCUGGCGAUUUGGGCAGCGCCCGCCAUGGGCGAUGUCAUCAUACGCAUCAGUUCCCAGCCGCAGCCGCAAUUUUUGAUGGAAUCAGCUGCAGCUACCGCAGCGUGCAACAAUUGUAAUGCGAACACGCCCGUGGUCACGAUGAGCCAUCAGGGUCUACGCUUGGUGGCCUCCACACAUCCAGAUCCUGCUGCUGCGGCGGCGGUGGCAGCCGCGGCGGCAGGAGUCCUGCCCGCUUUGACCAUAGAACAGCCACGUGCCGCAGUUCCGCUGAAUGCGUACGGUGCCGGGGUGACGGUUCAUUCACAAAUCGAUUUUAUGCACUGCCUGGUGCCGGAUCUGGAGCGCAUCAUCAAUAGCAGCUUCUAUUGGGGCAAAAUGGAUCGAUACGAGGCGGAGCGUCUGCUCGAAGGCAAACCGGAGGGCACAUUUCUGUUGCGCGAUUCCGCACAGGAGGAAUUCCUAUUCUCGGUCACAUUCCGCAAAUACGGACGCUCGCUGCACGCGCGCAUCGAGCAAAGCGGCCACAAGUUCAGCUUUGAUUGUCAUGAUCCGUGCGUGUUUGCUGCUCUGACGGUUACCGGACUGCUGGAGCAUUAUAAGGAUCCGUCGUGCGUGAUGUUCUUUGAGCCGUGCUUGACCAUGCCGCUGCAUCGCCGACAGACAUUCUCGCUGCAGCAGCUGGCGCGCGCAACAAUUGUCUCGAAUACCACAUACGAUGGCAUCAAUCAGCUGGAGCUGCCGGGUCGCCUGAAGAGCUACCUCAAGGAGUACCACUACAAGCAGAAGCUGCGCGUCAAGCCCUGCGAUGCACACACACCAGCUCCCUACUAUGCUAACAUAUAGUCCGCGGCCACAACGGCGUUAGUGGCUGCUACGCCGGCGGCGGCGGCGGCUACUCUGCAGUUGGAGCCAAUGCCUGCGGCGGGCUUCUACUACGAGGAUGUGGACAGUGGCAGCGAUUGUGAUGCGGACGAUGACGAUGAUGAGGCGGUCAACAUACGUGUUUCGUAUGUGCAGCAUGCUGAGGUUGUGGCACAGCUGCGCGAUUGCGCCAACGUCAGCAGCCGGCGGCAGCCACAGCCACAACAAAGGCAACAACAGCUGCAGCAGCAAUUGUUGAGGCUGCCCAAUCGCCUGGUCGCCGCACUUGGUCGCCUCUCCGCCAAUCUCAACUGCUAUCAGCCCGUGGCAAGAACGCUGCCAACGCGCAAUCAAGUUGCCGGCAAACGUGCCGCCUGAUGUGUGCUAGAACCAAAAUCAAAUACAACUUAGAGACAAUCCCAGUGCGUCGUCGUGUGCCGAAGCCAAAACUCCAAAAGCAAAAAAACAAACAAAACUAAAAUACAUAAAAAUCAAAAUAUUCUAUAGUUAAUGCAAGUAGCCUUUAAAGCGUAAAGUGUAACCCUAAGUAUUACAUAUUCAAACUGAAAGAUCCUCUCCUAUAUACGAUAUUUGCUACAUAUAUAGCCUAAUAUAUAUAUAUAUAUAUAUGUAUAGAUUUAUUAUCCAUACCAACUCGCUCCGCAUUUGUUUCCCAAAGUAUUUAAUUUUGCAAUUUUCAAUUGAAUUUGUUAAAGUAUUUUACAAAUUGUAUAUUUGCUGGCGUCCUAUUUAUUCAAACAUCUUUUAGAAUUUUUGAGAAAAUUAAAUUAUUUGUACAUAUUCAAACCAACCACACCCCCCCACGCCCCCUUUUCGCCACACACAACUUAGGCGUUAACAUACGUAGAUAUUAUAUUACAAAUUAAUAGCGUACAACUCUCAUUAGCCAAAUUGCAAGUAAACGUGUUUGUUUUUUUGUAAAUUUAAUUUAUAUACAUAUAUAUAUACAUAUAUGUAUAUGUACAGGAAAAUAGUAUUUUAUUUAUUUAUUCUAAUUGUAAUUCGUGGCUGCGCUAAAGAAAUAUAUUUUUAAAUUUUCCA